AAUCCAACGCAGUUAUUGUUUAUGAUACAUUUCGCUAUUAAUAUUUUUUAUCAGAAUGCCCGGGGGCUGCGCACGAAGGUCAAUUUGUUUAAAAGAAACGUGGCUUUGAAUUGUUUUGACAUAAUAUCAAUAACGGAAACUUGGUUAUUGGAUGGCAUCGCUGACAGUGAGCUUUUUGACGAGCGGUACUUAGUAUGGCGGCGCGACCGCGACUACCAGUCCACAGGGCAGCGGCUCGGCGGCGGCGUGCUCCUGGCCGUGCGCCGGGAGCUCGCCGCCGCCGGGCAGCCAGCCUGGCACUCCUCUGCAGAGGAUGUAUGGGUUACCGUCUCGUUCCGCACUGGAGGCGGUUUGUUGACAUUGCAUUUGUGUACAGUAUAUUUAUGUAAUCAGAAGGGUGGCAAUUCAAUGAAUACUCAGCUCAAUAAUUUUACGAGUAAACUCGGGGACUGCUUUCUCUCCGCCCCGACCGAUCUUUUUAUGGUCCUAGGAGAUUUCAAUAUGCCAAAUAUUACUUGGAAUCCACAGGAUAAUGGACUGCUGGAGCCUCAAGGCACAUUAAAUGAAUGUCAGGUUAGUUUUUUGGACACAAUUGUUGAAUGUAACCUUGACCAAUACAAUAAUGUACUGAAUAUCCAUGAUAGGCUAUUGGACCUUGUAUUCUGUAACAAACAUGUAAUAGUGCAGCCUAGUGACCAUCCUCUUGUUCCAGACGACUCCCAUCACAGAUCAAUCUGCAUAGAAUUGACUCUUGACAUACCUAGUUUUUUUGUAAACAAGCCUGCACUUUCCCCGUUUGGUACGACUGUGGUACGACUCCGCGCUUAA